AUGGCUUCUAACAUUAGAAGGUGCCGGAAUGCGUCGGAAGAAAUCUCAGCCGCCGCGGAAAUCAUCGGCGGCAACGAGGACUUGGUGGUGGAGAUCCUUCUUCGUCUACCGGCGAAAUCCCUUAUUCGAUUGAACUCAGUCUCUAAAACAUGGCUCUCUCUCAUCUCCGGUUAUCGUUUCUCUAUCCUCUGGCAACAGCAUCAACGACAGCCCAAAAUCUCCGGCCUUUUCUUCACAAGUAGAUACAGAUAUGACAUCAAAUACAUUCCUCCCAUGCACAUAAUAAAAUCCGAAUCCGACUGUGACUGUAAUAUUAAUAGUACCAAUGGUGGAGAAUACAAUUCUCUAGCUCUCAUCCGGGAUAUGGAUACUACUAAAAUCAUAGACUCCUGUAAUGGUCUUAUACUCAUCUGCUGUUUAUUUAAGCCAGACUACGAUUCCAGAACUUACCACGUUUACAAUCCUACUACUAAGCAAUUCUCUACCGAUCUUCACCGCCCUUUUCCCCAAACUAAUUUUGACCUUCUAUAUUUGACUUUUGAUCCUUUGAAAUCACUUCAAUACAAAGUAGUUUGGCUUCAGAAACUAGUACAUGAAGUGGAUGUGGUGGAAGAAUACUGGUGGUUUCAAAUACAUAUUUAUUCAUCAAAAACCAAUGAAUGGAAACCCUCUGGCCAUCCUUUCUUGGCACCAUUACGUGUGAAUUUCCGGAAUGGAGUCUAUUGCAAUGGCUCCAUCCAUUGGAUAACUGACCCUUUGAAAGAAUUAGGUUCAUUAUACUUUGAUGUCCACCAAGAAAGAUUGUGCCCAUUGCAAUUUCCACCAUUUUGGGAUCCUUUUAAAUUUCAGCAUUUUGGUGAGUCUCGAGGUCAUUUGCAUCUUGUUGAGCAUAGUCGUGAUAUUUUCAAAUUCGAUGUAUUUGAGAUGGAAAGAGAUUACUCCAAGUGGCUGUUCAAGUAUCACGUUGACCUUGACACAAUGGAUGAUCUUGGGUCUCACCUGAAGUGUGGUGGCCACAAGUUCUACGUGCUUAGUUUAACUCUUGGAGAAAAUGAUGAAGAAGAUUCAUUUAUGUUGCUACUUGAAUUUCACAUGAAUACGAUCAUUUUCUGCAACCUUAAGGAUAACAUUUUUAAGAAGCUUCUUGAUGUUAACACUCGUCAACGAUGUUCUUCUUGGCGUGCCCAUAGAUGCAUUGAGACACUCUUUCCUGUUUGA